AAACGUAAUUAAGAUAAGGGGUAUAAAAGAACUGGAGAUCAAAAUGGAGAAAGUCCAAUUAAAUAUGCAGAGCAGAAUCGUCCCGUCUGAAAGUAGAACGAAAGAGCCUUAUGGAUCGCAGUAUCCACCGCCGUGUAAAAUCGUGGACAACGUGAUAAUCGGCGAUGAGGGGCCGCUGUUUAAGGAAUGCUUGGGCUAUGGCGAGCUGCUCUUUGCGAAACUGAACGGCAAUCCGGACCUCGUAGGACAGAUAGACCCGGUUACGGAGAAACGAACGACCUUCGCCGAGAUGAGGGAACGCAGUGUCAGGUGUGCGUUGUGGUUGAAGAGUCGAGGAGUUGAACACGGUGAUGUCGUCGGGAUUUCCACCAAUAAUCAUCCAGACUGCGCGAUACCCUUGCUCGGAUGUCUCUUCGUCUGCGCGCAUUUCUAUCCCAUGCAUCACGAACUUAAUAUACAUGACAGCCGAUAUUUCCUUUCUCUGGGAAAACCCAAAGUUGUCUUCGUGAACAUCGACAUGGUUGAAACCAUGGCGAGGGCCGCGGAGGAAGAAAAUUUGACCAUUGAUUUCGUGACUUUUGGCCACGUGAAGGGAUUUCAGAGUUUCGAGGAAAUUAUUCGGGAGCAGAAUCCCGCGGCGGUCGACGAGUUUCGUUGCACGCGUAUUUCCAGUUUGGAGGAGACUGCUCUGUUCUCCUUGUCAUCCGGUAGUACCGGGCCGUCCAAAGCAACGCUGAUGUCGCAUCGGGCCCUGAUUAACAACAUGUUUUACGACGUCACGUACGCCACGGAGGAUCAAAAGAUAUUACUGUGGUUCAGCACAUUACGAUGGAUCACUGGCACCCUGUUGAUCCUUCGAGCGGUCUACUUCUGCAAGACGCGAAUUAUCUGCGACAGAUACGACAACGAGCUGGCGUGCAAACUGAUCGAGAAGUAUAACGUGGAAUUUGUUUGGUUUCAACCCAGACUGAUGGCGAACAUCUUGAAGAACGGUCUUCUUGAAAAGUAUCGUUUGCCAUCCUUGAAGAGGCUGGCCUUGGGUGGAGCACCUAUGAAACUACACCUGCUAGAGACCUUGAAGGAGGCCUUGCCGCAUACGGAAAUUUUAUUCCUUUAUGGCAUGAGCGAGCUUUGCGGCAUUAGUGCUGGGCAGAGACGAGGCGACAAAAUGGGCUCCGUGGGUUAUGUGGUUAAAAACACACAGCUAAAAGUAAUCGAUGUCGAUACGGGAGAGAAAUUAGGUCCGAAUAAAAUCGGCGAGCUUCUCUGGAAAUCACCGUAUAUCAUGACAGGAUAUUAUAACAAUCCUGAAGCCACCAAGAAAGCUGUAAAGGAUGGUUGGCUGCACAGCGGAGAUUUCGGUUAUUACGACGAGGACGGGGAAAUUUUUAUACGUGACAGAAUCAUGGAUACUAUCAGGAUCAACGGACUCAUGGUGUAUCCCGCUGAGAUUGAAAACGUGCUCCACAAACACCCGGCUCUCCGCGAAGUUGUCGUUGUGGGCAUACCUGAUGACAUCGUGGAAGAAUAUCCGUUCGCUUUCGUGUCGAAGGCUUCUGGCGCAGAGGUGACAGCAGAGGAACUGAUGAAAUUAGUAGCGGAUAAUUUGGAGAGUUACAAGCACCUUCGUGGAGUACAAUUUCUGGACAAAUUUCCUUACACGGAAACUGGCAAGAUUGCGAGGAUGCAACUUAAAGAAAUGGCAAAACGUUUUGUAUCCGAUUGCGUGCCUGCCUGAUACACGAAACAAUCAGUUUAAUGACAAUAGUUAGAUUUAUCAAUUAAAUAUGUUAUUACAUUUUUGUACGUAGACUGCUUUCCAUUUCGAAUUUAAUUCAAAUGCAAUCGACACUGGAACUAUAACAUUCUAAGUUCCAAAUUCUACAUCAUUCCAAAUUCUACAUUCCUCAACACCAUUUUUUCGUUCUUCAAUAUCAAAAUUUGAUUCUUCAACAUCAAAAUUUGGUCCAUCAACAUCGAAAUUUGAUUCGUUAACAUUAAAAUUUGAUUCUUGUCU